CUGUGUCUUGCAUUGUUUCAUUCAUUCUUACCUGAUGAUGGUUUGCUUGUGUUGCAACCGAAACGUCGUAUUCUAUUAUUAUUGUAUUAGAUUUUCUACGUGACUUUACCGAAAGAACCAAAGAGUAACGUUAAUGACGUCAUUUUACAUUUAAAGUGUAUGUAUUUUUUCGAUUUUUCCAGAAUCCACGAAGCGUUUGAACAAUGCGUGGGUUUCAGUGCGUCACACGCGUGUAUAGUCCGUUUCUGUCAAUCCACAGCUCGAUGAGAGUCCCCCCUCCCCACUUCCCCCACGCUUUGCCUGCUGUGGAGGUAGUUUGACCAUACUUCACCACGCGGGUCAGUGCGGGGUUGGUGAAGGUAGGCGAGUGUGUUUUGGGGGCAGUCGAGAUCAACAACACUGGAGAGAUUUUUUUUCUGCACCGCCUCCUACUGCUACCCGCAGCGGAACCCGUCCGUCGCACAUGGUAGGGGGCCAUCCAUCUAGUAGCCAACCGCGCUGAUCAAGGAGGCGCGGGGGCGGGUGAGGACAACGAACUAUGGACAACGACCACGAGGGGAGGCAUGGAGCCGGCCUGGCGGAUCAGCUGUGGACCUCGGUGGUGCUGGAGGACAGGCCGUGCCUGAUGAAGGCCUCGUUCUCGUCCCGCGGAUACAGCCUGCUGCUGUCCGACAUGGAGCACUUCUGGAGCGAAGAGAUGAACGCGGAGGACGUUGGGAAGCGACUCGGGGAGCUCAACCGGCGGCUCGGAGCGCCGGUGGAGCGUGUGUGCGAGCACCUGCGCGAGGCCGUGGGCUCGCUGCCGAGGCCCGGCGCCGCCGCCGCCGCCGAUCGUGAGGAUGGCGCCGCCGCUACCGCCGUUGCCGCCGCAGCUGCCUUCUCGUGGACGCGACGCGAGCCCGCCGAGCCGGAACAGAAGGCGGGAGGUACGGUGGCGGUGGUCGCCCUGCAGAGCCGGAUGAGCGGCGUGCCACUUCGCUGGGAGUUCCGACUGAGUCCUGCGGAGCACCCGGCGGUGUGGGACGAACUGGUGGCGCCGGCGCUGGGCAUGCUGCGCGUGCUGAGCCGCGAGAGCGCCGAGCUGCGCGCUUGCAUCCGGCGCAAGGACGUCGAGAUCGCAGACUACCGGGACAGCGGAGCCAGGGUCAGCCGCAAGCACCUGGAAACGAAACCCUUCGACGACGGCGCUUUCACGACGGAGUUUUACUUGAAGAACCUGGCAUCGUGCGUCGACCUGAGCGCUGAGGUCGUGUUCGACGGUGACCUCCGGCGGCUGUACGGCGAGGUGGCGUCUGCACGUCGCACGGCCCGCAAGAGAAAACCCUCCACCACCCCCGAGGAGGGGUCCGCCACGGGCGGCCACGGCGCGGACGGCGUGGCCGUCGAGGAGCCGGGGGACGCGGCCGAGAGACGCGCAGCGGCCCUGCUGCAGGCCGUGGCGCCGCACGCCCAGAAGGAGCGAUGCCGCGCGCCGCGCAAGGCCACGCCGAAAAAGAAAGCCAAGGGGCUCUUGAGAUGAGUUUGCCAAUUAACGACGACGGGGUUUGUUUUUAACGGCACGUGAAGCACGUGGAGGGAUGGGGGCGGCGGGGGCGGUGGGGUGGGUGGAUGCAUGGCGGUGGAACAUAAAGUUUUAAUCGCUUGCUACUUUUAUCUUCUUAAAUUACCCGGGAGGUGGGGGGGGUAUUUAUAUACGGAUGUUUUUUUUUAUAUCCGCCGGUGAAUCUGUACGAAUUUUUAUCCGCGGCCGGAUUUUUCCGUGGGAUUCGCGAACGAUGCCCCCCCCGCUGCCCCCACCGUGCGUGGAGCAGCGAUCGCGCUGCCCCCGCUGCCCCUGCCGUGCGUCGAGAAGCGAUCGUGCGAGGGUGCCCACGACGCAGAUCGUUUCCCUCUCGUUUAAACGCACGCCACGGUUUGAAUCAAGGUUUCACAUUUUAAAUAAAGGUUCACAUUUUAACAGCG